UAAAAGCUAGAAGUAGAAGCUGGAAACCAGAAACUAGAAACUCAGUCGCACUCACAUGAGUGCAGGUACCCUGUCAUGGCCCAAGAGACAGCUCAGCCAUGCGGCCCAGUCUCAACAGGUGACUGUCCAGUUAUAGAAAAGAUGGAAAAAAGAACUUGUGCCCUUUGCCCUGAAGGCCAUGAGUGGAGUCAGAUAUACUUUGCACCAUCAGCAAAUAUAGCUGCUCAUGAAAACUGUCUGCUGUAUUCCUCGGGACUGGUGGAGUGUGAGGUCCAUGAUACACCUAAUACAACUAGAAACUUUGAUGUCAAAUCAGUAAAGAAAGAGAUCUGGAGAGGGAGAAGAUUGAAGUGCUCACUCUGUAAUGAAGGAGGCGCCACAGUGGGAUGUGACCUAUCGCACUGUAAGAAGAGUUACCACUAUGUCUGUGCCAAAAAGGACCAAGCCAUUCCUCAAGUUGAUGGAGACCAUGGAAUUUACAAAGUAUUUUGCCCAGAACAUGCACCACAACAAGAAGAGACCACCGAAAGUGCUGAUAGCCCAAGCAUGAAAAAGAAGAGAGGAAGGAAGAAACGCCUCUCACCAGGCCCUCCCACAGAGCCAAAAAAGAUGAAGUUCAGUAGCUCCAAAAGACACAUGAUGGAAGAGCCUGAUGACCGCACAGCUGCCAAAGCUUCUUUUCUUAAGAAAUGUCAGGAAGCAGGACUUCUUACUGAAUUAUUUGAACAGAUCCUAGAAAAAGUGGAUUCAAUUCAUGGAAGAUUCAUGGAUGAGACUGCCUCAGAGUCAGACUAUGAAGGGAUCGAGACCUUACUGUUUGAAUGUGGAUUGUUUGGAGACACAUUAAGAAAAUUCCAAGAAGUAAUCAAGAGCAAAGUGUGUGAAUCUGAAGGAAAGCAGAGGCAGAUGAAGCAGCAGCUGGAGGCACUUGCAGACUUACAACAAAGCUUGUCCUCAUUUCAAGACAAUGGAGACCUGGACCACUCAAGCUCUGCUUCAGGAUCCUCGCUACCUCCUGAGGACCACCAGGUCAGAUGCCAGGGGUCUCCUGAAGUGCAAGCAGGCUCAGGAGACAGCCUGUGACAGAUCCACAGUCCCUCCCACUCUGCCCUGCUGCAGCUCAUCCAUGCUGAGUACCUGACU